ACUGGAUUUGACCUCAAGUGGAGGACGAUUCAAAGGCAGUAUGCCAAUUCUGGAUACCCUCCCCUGUAUCAGAACUGUGGCAUAAAAACAUACGGCUUCUUCCAAAACACGCGACAAUACAACUUGAAACUCAAAUACAUUAUAAAUUAAUCACCGUGGCAUAACAAAAGAACCAGGAAACGCUGACAAACAACAGGUGCUGCAUAGCUUUCGGAGAUCGGCGCUGACUCCGGUAGUUUGACCGGGAGGUGAAAGUCUCUCCGCCGUGAAGCUCAGGCGCAGCGCCGGUCUGAACUAUCAAAGGAGGAGAACCGGGAGGUUUAGCAGACCGACGUCAUCGGGAUUCUGAAAACCGGAAGCCAAAAGUUUUUUUUUCUUCACGCGCAAAGUGAUAGUAGAGGAGAAGCGUGAAGAGGGGCGCGAGAAAGGACGUGAAGUAACGGCGGCAGAGUUUUCACGGCUACAGCGAAGGGCAACUGGGAUAGAGACACAUACACGCACGCGACCGCUCCUGGUCAGCGGGCCACCGACGACGCACACAUUAGCCAUGUGGGAUCAGAACGAGUUCGAGAAACACUGGCGGAAUGAGUUCCCCGACAGCGACGUGCCGAAGAUGGACCUUAACUCUGUAGAGGACGUCGAGGAGGAGCUGGAGAGAUGCAAAGCGAGGCUGAAGGUGCUCCAGCGUGAGCAGUCCAUGGAAAAGUUCAAGGUGAUAUACCUCCAGACCACGGUGGCCCGGCACAGAGGCGAGGAGCAGCGGGACGGCGGCGAAAAGUUGAAGAGACAGAUGGAUGUGAAAGCGGAGGGGACGGAAAAAGGAGUGGUUUUGGGGGGACACCCCGAGGAGCCCGCCCGGAGGAGGCACGGCAACGACGGCACAGAUUCCGGGCAUGUCGUGGGGUCCGCUAGGAGUCCCCGGACAGGGAGACGUCUCCCCACGCUUCCGCGGAAGCACCCGUAUCUCUACAUACAGAAAGUGGCGGCGCCCGGCCGCACGCAGCCCGACAAAGCCGAGUCGGAGCAGGACACCAGCGACCACGAGUACGAGGACGUGGAGCUCAACGAGAACUUCGUGCGGGGAAACCUGGUGACCCCCAGGGCCGAGUACCACCGGGACAUAGUCCGGACCAUCCGUCUUAGCAAGGAUUUCGACUCCAGCGACGACGGUAGGCUGUCACCGGCCAGUAUUCCGGUGGCGUGCGGCUUGUCCAGGGGCUCCGGCCGCAGUACCCCUGAGAGACGGAGCGACGGCUACCUGAGCUCCGACCAUGAGGACUCCUCAUCCGCCGACUUCAACUACAACACAGACGGCUAUGAUGGCGAUGCCACAGAGGACCGCAAGUCCCAGGACGGCUCAGAGACCAUGCCCUUUAUCGACGAGUCACCCACCAUGUCCCCCCAACUCUGUGCCCGUGGCCCUGAUGGCGAAGCCGUGUCCCCCACACCCCCUGAGGGCCUUUUGCCUGAGGCUGACAUCGAGAAGGGGCUGGAGAUGAAGAAGUUGGUGCUUUCAGGGUUCCUGGCCAGUGAGGAGAUCUACAUCAACCAGCUGGAGGCCCUGCUCCUGCCCAUGCGACCUCUCAAGGCCGCCGCCACCACAUCCCAGCCGGUCCUGACCAACCAGCAGAUCGAGACCAUCUUCUACAAGAUCCAAGACAUCUUUGAGAUCCACAAGCAGUUCUAUGACGCCCUGUACCCCCACAUUCAACACUGGGAUGAUAAGGUGACCGUGGGCCACCUAUUUCAGAAACUGGCCAGUCAGCUUGGUGUGUACAAAGCCUUCGUGGAUAACUACAAAGUGGCUGUGGAGACUGCAGAGAAGUGCAGCCAGGCCAACAUGCAGUUCCAGAAGAUCUCAGAGAACCUUAAAGUGAAAGGGCCCAAGGACUCGAAGGACAGCACCUCCUCCGUCACCAUGGAAGCUUUGUUGUACAAGCCCAUCGACCGCGUCACCCGGAGCACCCUGGUUCUGCAUGACCUGUUGAAGCACACGCCCAAGGACCACCCCGACUUCGCCCUGCUGCAAGAUGCACUGCGCAUCUCCCAGAAUUUCCUGUCCAGCAUCAAUGAGGAGAUCGACCCGCGCAGGACCGCGGUCACCACGCCGAAAGGGGAGGCUCGUCAGCUCGUGAAGGAUGGCUUCCUGGUGGAGGUGUCCGAGGGCUCCAGGAAGCUACGUCAUGUCUUCCUGUUCACGGACCUGCUCCUCUGCGCCAAGAUGAAGAAGACUGCUGUGGGGAAACACCAACAAUAUGACUGCAAGUGGUACAUUCCGCUGGCCGACCUGACCUUCCAGACGCUGGACGACUCAGACUCAUGUCCUCCUGUGCAGACGCUACCAGAGCAUGAGAUCGAGGAGAUGAAGAUGAAGAUCUCCUCCAUCAAGAGUGAAAUUCAGAAGGAGAAGUGCACCAACCCGAGCGACUGA